CUACAGCUCUUCAUCGAGCAUUCCAGGCGGCCCACCCGCGGGGUCCUGCACCACAUGCUCAAUCACACCGUCAUCACCUCCCUCCCUCUCCCCCUGUGUGUCUUCCUCCAGCGGCCCCGAGGCCAAGACACUCGCCAAGCUGGUCUUCUUCUUGCCCAUGAAGGCCGAACGCUCCUCUGCGAUCUCACUGGCAGACAGUGUGCUGGUCUGCGUGACGAAGGCCUCCUUCACGGCGGGAAUGCCAACUUCGCGCGAGGGCACCUUCUGCAUGAGACCAGGCCGAUCGGGGGCUGGUGGGGGUGGGGGUGGGGGUGAGGGCGGCGGCGGUGGUUGUGGCUGUGGUUGUGGUGGACUCUCAGGCGGCCGUGGAGGGGCGGGCUGUGUCUCGUCUGUCUUGCGAGUCUCUGGCUCGGGUCCACCAGGUGUUGCGGCCACCGGGGGAGGUGUGGGUCCACCCGGCACAGGUGACGGAGGUGGCAUGGCCGCCUCUCUCUCCUCCUUCUCUUUCUCCUCUUUUUCGUCGUCGUCUUCUUUUGGUGGCUCUUCAACUCUCACCUUGGGCAGCUCGGGCGGCUCCACACCCACCAGCCCCACACCCGCCCCCUCUGUCGCCUCCUUGGGCUCCUCGACCACUGUGACCGUCUUGGGAGGGGGAGACUCGAUGUCCGGGGCGAUCGCGACUGUUUUGCCCCUCCUGGGGGGCUUCUCGCCCUUCAUGCGUGCGGCUGUCUGUCGGGCCCUCUCCGCCAGUGUCGCGAGCAUCGUGUCCCGCUGCGCCGCUCUACGCCUGAGAAGGAGCGGAUUUGUAUGAGAGUGGAUGGUGUCUUGUGUUGCCUUGUGUUGUCUUGUGCUGUUGGUACCGAGCGUUGAAUUGUUGGAUCUCCACAAUGUUCUGCACGAGCGUCUUGAGGCCUUCGAAGCCCACAACGAGAUACAACACGGCCAUCCUGCACACACAGAGACGGACACGCAGGGCACAGAGAGAAGCUGCCUUGCUGCGGGAAUCGUGUGUGUGUACCCCACCCUGAAGCUCUGAGCCACAGCUUGGCCGUGUAGUCGUCGAAGUAGAGGGCGAACAGCAGAAGGAAGAGCGUCGCGAUGAAGAUGAAGAACAACACACUGAAGUAAGCCAACUUCUCUGCCAACUGCAGACAGACAUAACAACGGUGUAUGUCGAAUAUAUGAAAUGGGGAGUUCCUUUACGUGUCGAUGUCGAUCUCGCUGACCUCUAUUAUGGUGUUGGAUGCGGUCGCCCGCAUGUCUACACGCUCGUCAAAGGCCAACCGAUCGGCGUCACGCAGCGGCUGAGACACACCGAGAGAGGCAGAGACAGAAGGAAGGGCUGUCGGAUGCAUGUGAAUGUUGCUGACCUGCUGCUCCAUAUACAUCUUCCGAAUGCUCUUCAUGAGCGCCUGCUUGCCGUCGUCCUCCAUGAUGGUCAAUGUGGGCGGCGGCAAAGGCGUUAUCACCAGGGAGUCGUCCAACAACUCAGAACUGCACUCACACACAACACAAGGGGAAUGCAGACAGACACGAGACACAUGCAUGGGAUGCUCACUGACCUAUCUGCAGGUGGCUCUGGGAGGGCUGCGAGUGUCAUGGGCGUCACGGGCAGCGGCGCCAGCUGAAACAUCGAUGGCGCCAGGCCCGACAGGCUCAUCGGCGAUGCCGUCCUCCUGCUCCCCCGCUGCUCGGAGGGCACCAGGCCGGCCGACUGGAUGGCGGGCAGGCCUUUCUUACGCAUGCCCUUGUCCGACUUGUCCGUCGCCUGACGCAGGAGCGCACGACGCGGGCGUGAUGGCGGGGCCUUGGCCGGAUCACCAGAUCCCUCGCGACUGUAAGGGGUCGACAUCUGAACCACAAAUGUCGGCUUACACAUCAUGUCGGCUUUUCGCUCCUUCUCUCACCCCGCUCUUCGGUGUCUCGAGUGGCGGCAGUCUGUGUUUGCCCCUGGGCGUGGUGAGGGGCCCCUCCCUCUCCAUCCCGCUGCUGACCGGCCCCUCUUGCUCACCACCGCCCCCCUCAGACGGGAUCGGCAUGGGCAGUGGGGGGAUGCCCAAGGCGAUGGCCUCCCCUGGCGGCGGCGGUGGUGGUGGAGGCGGGAGGGGCACCAUGCCCGGCAGCCGGGGUGACGUCUGGCCAGACUGUGGGUUGGGCAAAGCCACCGAUGGGGUUUCGUGGGACGGGGGCGGAGGGGGAGGGGAUGGGGGUGGAGGGAAUGGAGGGGAUAGGCCAAGACCUGAAGAAACAACAUGGACAAGGCUCAUCAGCCAUGGAGGGCGUUCUUGUUGAUCUCACCUUCCUUGUCCAUGCCCUUAUGCAUUUCGUCCUGCAGGAAACAACAAACGAGAGCUGGCCAGUGAGUGCAUGGUGUCCUCCCCUCUUGUGAUGCCUUCCUUUCUCACGUCGAGAGGUAUGGGCAUGGCCUCGAGCAUCUGCACUUCAUCGGGGUGCUUUUUGCUCUUCUUCAUCGCCUCCCUCUCCAUCUUCAUCACAUACUGGGGCGACGAAAACGCCAGCAUCGGCGGCCCACCCUUGCCCUCACCAGCCAUGCCGGCCUCGGCGUCCUCAUACGGCAGCAAGGGGGUGAGUGUGGGUGGCCGGUAGGGGCGCUUAGAGAACAUGAGAUGCAGCAGCCGUGCGAUGGGGAAGGCGAAGAAGGCGCCCAUGAAGCCAAGAGCGGCCCACUCCUCCUUGCGGCCGGAAAACUUGCCGUAUACCAAGGCGGUGGUCGACAUGCAAGCCUGGAAUGUACCGGCACAACACAACACACACUGGGAUGAAUCGCCUCCCAGAGCCCUUUCGCCCAUCUUUUUACCAGCACGGCCGCGAGAAGGCAGGACGCUUGCUGCAGCCGGGUCAUCUGCAGCCAGCAACACGGCGGACAGCACUUCAGACAUCAAUCAGACGCAGGCAGGAGACAGACACAUGCGCCCCUCCCUCCCUCUCUCGGCUGACCUUUGCCUGGCGGUCUCGGUAGAAUGCGGUGAUGACCAGGUGGUGCCGCUUGAGAAGUAUCCAGAAGGUGCGGGCGAAGCGCACCAGGUCACUAUUGGUCUUGUAGAAGAUGGGGUCCGUCUGCGAUCGGGGACCCGUAACUCCGUCGGCAAGCUGAAAGACAGACGGAUGGAUGGAUGGAUGGAAGGGCUCACACAAGGGGAGGAGGGCCAAGGCUGUCUUGUCUUGGUAUGAGUGUUUGCAGCGUGCUCACCUGUUUGAACUUGAUGGGUUUGUUGACGUCCUUUUCGUCUUGUUUGAAUGCCCAGUAGUGGAGUGCGGCGAAGAAGAGGAGGAUGCCGGCCAUGACGUACAUGACCAGAAAGGAUAUGUCCUCCGCCGUCAGGAAGAAAUCCAACGCCUGAUCCACUCAACACGCACACGCAUGGCCGAGGCCGCAGUGUACAUCUGUGUCUGUCUGUCUGUCUGUCUGUGUCACCUCUGUGACGACAGCAGGGACGCCAAAUGGCGCCACGGUGACGUCCAGGAACUGACCCACCACACCCAAGGGCUCAGCCAGCAAUGUCGUGCUGCAGAAGACACUCGUGUGGCAGGGAUGGUUGUUGGCGCGUGCGACGUGAGCUGACCGACCUGCAUCCCUUCUCGUUGUUGAGGAUGCCAGCCCGCGACCACUGACCCAGCCCUAAGUUGCUCUCCCAAUCCCAUGUCCUGACACAACGUGCACACGCAUGGAUAACAAUUUUGUGAGGGGCACGGCUUACCAGCAGGUGGCGACGGCGAAUGACGAGUGCUCUGUGAGUGUGUUGACCGGCUUGGCCUCCUCCUCUACCGCCAACUGGGCACCAGCCUGAGCACACACACGGACAAACACACACAGAUGAGGGCCGCAACAAACCACGAGAUGGGUCUGGUCUCCCUCUGAGCGCUUGUCUGCUCUCAACGCACAUCGUCGUAUACGGCGAAAGCCUGCAUGAUGAAGGGGCCAGCGGGGCCCUUCUCAGCGUACGCCCACGGCUGCAGCUCCAUGGUGAACAUGACCUUGCAGUAGCCGUAAGAUCGCUCCUCACCUGCAUCACACACGACACCAUCGGACACGUCCCUUUGUGUACCCCCGUCCCUCUCCACCGUCAGGUAUCUGCCAGUUUUCCGACUGGAAUGAGAAGGACUCGUCCGACUGUGUGAGAUUGCGGGUGCGGCCGACGCGCACUCUGCCCAGGGGGAAGUCGAAGUCCUUGGCCUUCUCGCCGGGAUUCUGGCACACACACACACACACACAACACAUGACUCCUGCACGGAUGUCGGGGUGGUCUGCGUGUGCGUGUGUGUUUGGUUGCUCACGAGGAGUCUGAACACCGACGAGCAGACCUGGCUGAUCAUCGACGCCAGCCGCUUCACCGUCUGGUAUACACAGAAGAGACACAAAAGAGACAUGGACCCACCCACCCACAGCAGCACCUCUGUGCUGCUGUGUGUGUAUUCUGUCUGGUUGUCUUGGUGACCGACCAGGCCCUUUUGGAAGAAGACUUUGGCUUCCUGCUGUGUCGUGCGGGCACGCUCCUCCUUCCAACGAAGGCGGGACACACUGACAUUUGGAAUGCAAGUCACGAGAUACACACCAAUCCAUGUGGUUUGUGCCAAUACUGUGAGUAUCAUGUGCUCACUCCCUCUCCCCUGCCGUCAGGUAGUCCGACAGGUUGAUAAAGAACUGGAAGUCCUGAGCCCGGAAUGUCUGCACACACACAGCGAGACACCUCCAGUGUUGAUCGCCCCCGCAGUCAUGUGGUGUGUGUCCCCCGCUCCACUGACCGUGAUGUUCUCUUCGCCUUCGUAUAAGUUCUCGAUAUACGAUUGCCAGCUGAUCUCGAACUCCUCCUGCUCGAUGAACAUCUUUUCCAGCACGUCAGAGCUUUGCCCCUCCAUGGCGUCGCUGGAGAAGACGCGCAUCUGCUGACCCUGAGCCGCCCCUCCUCCACCGGCCACCUGAAAGUACUGCGGCUGUGCCGGAGGCUCCACGCGCACGAUGCCGUAGCGGCCGCUCGGGAACGACUGUGACGUGGGGGCGUGGUAGGGGAAGGAGACCGGCGGCUGAAUGCACACAUGGAUGGAUGGAUGAGCGUGGGUGUGUGUCUGUCUCUACAGGUGCUGUCAGCUCACGAAUGGCGCCAUCUGCGGUAUGUUCUUCGGCCUCCCAGCCAUCCAUAGCUGCAGCCGACGGUAGUAGGCCGCCCCCGCAGGCGCUCCACGCGGCUGUAUGGGUGGCGGGUCAUACCGCCCUCUCGGCUGUGGCGCCGCAUUGCGGUACCUGGCCUGCCAGUUGUUGGGUGCGUUGGGGGGCGGCCAGUCGGAUCGCGGGAAGAAGACGUUUCCCUCGGGGUCGCCGGCGUUGACCGAGUCGAAGCUGAACGCGCUGGCCUCGUCGUCUGAGGGGGCCAUCAUCUCGCCGAGAGAGUUGAAGAUCGUCCCAGCCAUCUGGUCCUUCUCCUGCAGACAGAGAAGAGACACGAUGGCCAUGCGAUUAGUUGUUGAGCUCCCGUGCCAUGUGCUGGCGAACGUACCGAUUCGGAGAGUGAGUCGUCGGCUGUGAGUGUGCUCUGCCAGCCGACCAUGGUCUCCAUGAACUCCACCAUCCUGUCGGUCGACCCCACCUCCUCUGCCAACGCCAAGGCCACCUGCUCAACACACAAAGAGAUUCUCGUCAAGUGGGUGCGCAUCCAGGGGUUUCUCGCAUUCAUUCACCGUGGCGUAUGACCCGACAACAGACGGCGUGAUGGCCGCUUUCUCGCUGCCGCCGAUGAGCACAUUGAGGAUGCCGUCUGCGUGCAUCUCACUGAUGCGACGCUUGCGGGUCUUACGCUGACAACACACGAAGGCAAAGCCAGGGAGUCACAUUGCGGGCCCUUCACUGCGUUCGUCUGUCUGUCUGAGUGUGUCUUGCCCUUCUGGCUUCAUCUUCGCCACUUCGUGGAUGGGGCGUUGGGGGUGCCGUGGUGGCGUUCGGAUCGGGGGCAGGGGUGCUGACUGGACUCACACCACUCCCCUGGCACAAACACAUACACGUGACUAAGAUGGCAGCCUGCCUUUGUGCCUGUGUUGGGUCUGUCUUACGGAGCUGGGCCCUCCUCCGGUGACGACGAGCACGGCCUGCAUCAGUGAGAGGGCCGCUGUCUCAGGGUCACGGUUGCCCGCCUCGGCCAACAACUCGUUGAACAAAAUUCUCUUCUCCUCAUUCUAAAUCCGAUAGGGCAGCCAGCUCAACACACACACACUCGAUCCACAUCAGUGUGAAGCUCACCGUCGGUGGUGGGUAUAUCUUGUGAGUUGUCUCGGCAUAGGUCAUGACGCCGUAGAAUGUGUACACCUGGGGAAGAAGAUCGACAUGUGCAGCAGGCAGUUCGGGCAGAUUGAGACGGCUACCUUCUGUCGGAUGCUGUAUACUGACCUCGACGAAGAUUCGCACCAAGUAGUCAUCGUCUGCGUUGCCGGCAGGAAGGGCAUCGGUCCGCUGAGUAGGGGACGCUAUAGGAUUGGACCUGACAUAUGAAGACAGAGAGAGCUGAUCACGCCAUGCCACUUUCCUGAUUGUGGUGGCGGCUGUUUCUCACCUGAGGUUGACCUUCUGCCCUCCUCGGAUGAAGCCAAACUGGUAGGUGAGUGGGGUGUCGGAUGAGCUGAAGUCGGUGGCAACGAUGGUCUUGCUGUCGUAUAUGGAGGAGUCCGCCGCCUGCAGAGAGAGAGAGAGAGACACACACACAUGCACACGUGUGUCCGCUGUCACUCUUAAGCGUCUUGCCGUUGCUGACCUCUUGCUCGUCGACGAACAGGGCGAGAGAGCCCAUUGUCUGAUUGAUGCGUGUGAACGAUGGAACAGGUGCGAGAGACCCUUGGUAUCUUCCCCUCUUCUUACCGGCGGCGGCCCUGCGGUUUGAACGGACACCUGAGCGCAUCCGGUGAGGGGCGCUCUGUCGGGAAAAUAAGGAUUGGACACCGUCACACACAACCUGCAACCACAACGAGAGGGAGCAUUUUGCCGGCCUCUGACUAAUCCCUGGGUGCCUCAACCCACACGUACCUGAAGGAAUAUCGAGCGUCGGGUCCGAGCACGUCCGGCACCAGACUCAAGCUGCGAGAAUUGCUGCAGAGACAAAGAUGCACACGCGACACAUGUGUAUGGGUCUGUGCGUGCGUGCACUGCGUGCGUACGUCGGGUCUGACGCGAAGGCGUCAGGGCUUCUCGCCGGUGUGAGCUCGUCCGACAUCAGGAACAUGCUGCGAGGCACCAAGUACUCCUUGCCCUGGGCAACACGGCAACAUCAUACGCCGACAGCAGCCAGCGAGCGGGCAUGCAAACAAAGCUCACCGCUUUCUCUGCAGCGGCUUUGUCUGCGAGGUUCCACUUUGGGUUUGGCACCUCCUGGAAUAUCGUCCAGUUGUAGACAACCUGACACACACAAGCCAAGACCACCCUCAAUGGCUGUACCUUUGGUGCGGGCGAUGGAUCUCACCUCGGGCUUCGAUUUGUCGAUCUCGUCUCCCGCCUGGAGCCGCCGGAUGGAGGAGUCGGGCUCUGACGUCAGGUUGAAGCGGGCCUUGUCUUGGUCGGCGAUCUGGCCUGAACGACAUGGAUGAACACGUGUCCACGUGGCGAGCGAGGCUGCCGUGUGUGUUGUUGAUGCCUGAUAUCCUGAACGCUUGUGUGGCCACGACGGUCGAGUCGGUGAGGGGGUCGAUUACCACCUGCACACACACAGGAGAAGAAAAGGUUGUUUCCUUUGCUGCAUUGCUGGAGUGUCUCUCACCUGUGGUGGCGAGACAGCUGCCUCCAGGAUCGUGAUGACGGCCUGACGGCACGAGACACAUGACACACGCGUGCUUCGUUCGUCAUUUGUGUCGGAACCCAUGCCUCACAGUUGCGGUGGCGUUCCUGCCGUCGGCCUCUGUCGUGACGCUGAAGAUGUACUCACUGCCGCCGAACAGGGCAUCUUCGCGACGGGUGUUGAAUAUCACCACACCUAAAGACAGACGCACACACAGCCGCAGUGAGACACAGAGAAACGCUCUUGUCUCUUUCGCACCGGGCACGUAGUAUUUGCAGAUGUACGUGCCGGGUACGCCCGCCGCGUUGGGGAAGAGUGGGACAAAGUAUGUCUUGCCGACGUCUUGGAAGGUCUCCUCCAUGUCCAGGUCGCAGUUGGCCGGCUGCGGCAGCUGUGCGGUGGUGUACGGCAACACCUCCUCGAAACACGGCCUGCAUCGGUCAACCAACAUAUCUCGGUCAGCUCUGUCUGUAUCUGCCUGAAGUGUUCUUCGUUGCACCGACCGUCCAUCCGGCGUGAUGCAGGUGAAGUUGAAGAACCAAUUCUGCGACACAACAGGAAACACACCCCAGCGAAUGAGACACAACAUAGAGGGGCGCAUGCGUGUGCGUGUGUCUGACGGGCGACUCCUCGAUGGGUUUGUCAGGGAAGUCAGGGUCCACCGAGUCCGUGGCGUCGAUGGCAAAGUAGUGCAGCUCAGACACCGAACGAGAUCCGCCGCGAAUGCUCGCUCUGAAAUUCAGCACAAGGGAUGCAGCAUGGCCGGCCACACGUGUGUGUAUGUCUGUGUCUGUGUUUGAUGCCUGAUGGGGCUUUUCUCCACGUUGACCUCCACCGAGUCGAAUGUCAGCGAAUCAGGGUCGUCAAACGACUCCUCGUAACCGACCUGACUCCCAACACACAAGACACACGCAUUGCGUCAGGCACAAAGAUGGGUGCGUGCUCCUCGGCUGACCUGACAGGAGAAGAUAUACUUAGUGCCUGGUAUGAGUGUGCCUGCGGGGAUGACCAGCGACGCUGACCCCGUUCGCAGAUUCAAGUCCUCCAGGUUGAGAGGCACAAACUCCACUGACCCUGCACAAACACAGAGCAACCACAAGCGCGCCAGCCUCCAGCCUCCUGAGGUUCGUGUGGUAUAUGCCGGUGGCGAGGACGGUCUGCUGCUGCUUCCCCCGCCAUUCAAACUUGAGCUUCUGGCUCGCUAUCUGCCACACCAAAACCAAAUGGUGACCUGAUCUGCACGCUGUGUGUGUGGGCGUCUCAUCCUUGGCUGUACCUGUGUUGAGUCGAGCCCUUCACAUCUGGAUUUCUCGGCCUGGACACUGAGUGUGAGGACCUUCCUGCGGAAGGUCGGCACGCUCUGGGGGCCCUGAAUGAAGGCCUGCGGGGCGGGGAUCUGACGCUUGUAGAACUCUGCGAACGGCAAGGAAGGAAAGGACGAUCGAUGAGUGCAUGGAUUGCACUGCCCGCGUGUCUUGUCUUGUCUUGUCUUCUCUUGUGCUGUGUGUGUGACCGAGUGUGGUUGAGGUGGUUCGCGGGGGAUCGCCCCACUUGGAGGUCAUUGUCACCUCAAUCAUGUAAUCGCACCCUCCAUUAACAAACACAUCAACAAGACACACGCAGGCUUUCACGCUUCACAGAGCGGUGGGGGCACAUCUGCGCUGUACCGACCUCUCCUGAGGUCGUUUGCGCCGAUGUAGACCUUUUCAGAGCCGUACAGUGACCCGCUGCCCGCCGAGGAGCCCGCAAGCAGACCCUUGAUGAUCUGAACAGACGCCCACAUACGCAGAGAGAGAGAGCGGGACUCCCACAGGCGUACGUGCCUGCGUCUGUGUGCGUCGGUCUCACCGUGACGAAUCCCGGUCCGUCUUCGUAUUCGGUGAUGUCUCUGUAGAGCACGUUGCCGUUGUCGAAGUAGCGGCACUGGGCCCUGAUGAAUUUCCACUGCCACGACGGACGGCUGCCGUGGUUGUAGGACGACGACGCGUCGAUCGUCAUCUGCACACAUGGCGAACGAAGGUGGCUUACAUAUCCCUCCCUCGGCGUGUGUGCGUACGGGGCUGCAGAGGUCGAUGUUUCUCGGGAUGGACACGACCACCACUGGGUCUUCAAUCGGAUCAGGCUGCUCAAGCUGCACAAGGCAAGGAGGGAGACAGACGCAAUGGUGGAUGGUAGCAAUGAUGCAUGCGCCCUCCCUUGUGUGUGUGCUUGAAGCCCACCCAGCUCACCUUGACACCUCCUGACGCCGCGUUUGACCACUCGCCGUCGACGUGUGCAUACACCGUCCUCUCGCGCACGAUUAUGUCGUCACCAGGGUUCGGUGUCAGAUACCUACAAAGGACAUCUAUACUUACUCGCGGCUGCGCCUCAUCCACGAGUGGGCUCACCUGGCGGGCAGUUGUACUUGCACGCUGGCUGCCGUGGUCCACUGACAGGAGGUGCCGUUGCCAAGUGUCCCCAGAAGCGACGCCGUGUGAGGCGCGAAGACCUUGCUGCAGUCUAACAGACCUGAGAAAGCAGCCAGGCGGCACAAUGGGCGGUGCUGCUUUCAUUCUUUCGUUGACCCACCUCUGUGUUGAGUGGACCAGUCGACGCCAUCGGGGAUGAAAUCUCCGUCCUCGUCCAUGGGCACAGCCCCCUGGAUGGUGAAGGAAUCGAACGUCACGUAGAUCUUCCUGAAGCCCCAGACACACAUUGGAUUGCCCGAGUGUUGGCUCGUCUUCCCGCUCAUGUUCACCUGCCGUCCAUAUCGAAGAUGGCCUUCUCGAGCUGGGGCGUGGGGAGGGUCAGGGGGAUGAUGGGGUCGCUGUUGGUGAGCAGUGUGGUAAUCUGGUGAGAGAAGAAGCGCGUGCACAGCAGAUGGAUCGCUGCUGCUGCUGCAUGAGACAUGACACGUGUGUCCACCAGUUACCACAUGCGACCCUCGGGAAAGCUCCUCUGCCACCUGCACUCACGCAGGCACAGCACAGACAGGCAGCCAUAUGUAUGUCUUUCUUAUCUCGUGCUGCAGUGCAGCCAGCCACGGAGUCACCUCAAGGUUGUAGUAUUCGCGUGUGAAUCCGUCCCUUGUGUUGACCUCCACGAUCUCCCACGGCUCAGAGUAGUCGGGGGAGUCCUUGGUCACGAAGAACGACACGUUCGUCAGGUGAUCCGUGCAUGUCGCACCGUAGAGAAAAUGCCUGGAGGGGGUGGGGUGGGCGAUGGAUGAGAGAAGCAGGCGGCUUCCACUGCUUGCGAUGGUUGGCUUGCUGGCGUACUUCUUUGCGUAUUGCGUUCUUGUGGUGGGGUUGACAACCACCGUGCCGCCGUCGACAUAGGUGUCCCGGAACUCAGUCAGCUGACAGAGAAAAGAAAGAAAGGACAAUAUGAUGAUGGAUGGAUGGCAUCUCCUGUUUACUUGGGUAUCGUUGUCUCUGUACGCUUGGCCUAGCUUGACGUAGUGGUAGUUACACGACCGAUAGUCCUGCCAUUCCCCCGCAGUCGACAGACACACAUGGUGAGUGAGACACACGUCUCGCUCCACGUGUGGGUGUUCUGUGUGGCACCUGGAAGGUUGGGUCGCAUGAGAGGACGGCGGCGUAGAGGUCGUGGUACUUGGAGUUGCUCUCCAGAAGCGCCAGCGGCUCCUGAACCGGACGACUGCACACACAGAGAGAAGACAAUCAUACAUACCCUUUUUUAGCUGCAGAGUCGAGGUGGUGUUGACUUGAGGAGAAGCCGUGGAGUGUCGAUUGCCGGCUGGCCCGUGAUGACGGUAUCCAGAGUCACAUUGAAGUCAAACGCAUACACGUUGUGACUCCACGAAGUGAAGUCGUACCCUCCUACCAACCUGCAGUGACACAGCCGACCAGCAGCCCAACACCGGCAGGCUUUUCGUUCCUUCAUUGUCGCAUUAUGCUCACAUAGGCGCUGCCACUAGCUGGGAGGCUGACAGUGCGAAAGGGGAGGUGCCUGAUGAAGCCGUCACGGCCGGUAGUGCGAGGUAGUAAAUGUCGAAGAGCGAAUCGACGGCGGCGAGCGCUGCGUUUAUCCGUCCAGCCACCACAGGACAACAGGCAGGCUCCGUAUGCACAGCGGGCUUUGGUCCGUGCCGCCGACCUGUGUUAGAGUAGAUAUCUCGCGUCUGGCUCUUGAUCUCAUUCGGCAGCUCCAGGGUGGUCGUGAAUACCUGACACACAGAGGGAGAGGAGAACAGACCAAGAAGGCUCGGGCUGCACGUCAUGCCGCUCGGCUGUCCGUCCACCUGAAUGUUUUUAGUGUCUCUCGAGUCGAAUCUGAACAUUUUGAUGUUCAUGCUGAAGUUCUCGAGCCGCUGCUUCUUGGUCCAGAAGGGCACCUCAAACCCCAGCAGACGGCUGUCGUCAAUGUCGUACUUGAGACCCUGGACAGAGAGAGAGAAGCGGCAUGUGGUGACAUGGACAGAUGGACACACUGAGGGAGAGUCCACCCACCAUGAGGAGGAACUCCUUCAAACGGACUUGAUACGGGAACCUUCAGACAUCAAUACACAAAAUCAACAAUAACGUUGCGCCAUGUCGUCUCCCUGUCUCUUGUGUGGUCGGUCAGCCAGACAUAUAGGUAUCCGCUGCACCGGUCUUUUCUCACAUGGGUCUUCCGUCGCUGAGUGAAACGGUAUGGACGUAGAAGCGCAUGUCGCUGCUGAUGACGUUGCCGAGGUUGUCGUACGUCAGCUCCUCCAUCCCAACAGUGCGAUACAGAUUGAACCGCUGCAGACAGACGCAAUACAACCCACCCACCCACACACGAACAAGCAUUCUAUCUAUCGGUGUGUCUGGUCUGGCUAGGCAUAUAUCUCAUCUUUCCUACCCAUGGGUCGUAUGCGUCUCCGGCCGUGGCGUGGACGAAGUCAUACAUCUGGUAGAGCGAGUACAUGUCCGGCUGCAGCACCCCGCCGCAGAAAAGCUUGGUGCCCUCGAAGUAGCUCGACGGACACUCCAUCUCACACAAAUCCUCGUCGAUGAUCUGAAGCUGCACAACACAACACAUCCCCACAAAUCCACGCACGCAUCGCAUACCAGCCUACUCCUCCGGGCAUCAAGUGUCUCACGUUUCUCCUGGAGGUGAGGCACCAGCAGCUGCUGCCCCUGACCACAGCCAUCGAGAAGUCACGAAUCUCACAGGCCUCCACACACGCAACCGGGCCGUCCGUAUCGCCCAGCAAGAGCGAGUUGGUCGAGUCCACAUCGCCUUGAUAGCAGCCCAGGAACGUCCAGGGACCUGACAGACACCACACACAUGCACAGGCACCCGAUGGGAGGGCCUCGAGGACCAGCCCGUCCCUCGCCCCACUGAGUCGCGAGCGUGCUGUGUUCUUUGGGUCAGGGUUGAGCUGCUUUGCAUAUGUGUUGGACGGCAGGUAGAGGGGCGUGAUGGAGCCCCCAGCCGCCUCCACAUCCGCCCAAAACUGAACAGACUUGAGACUCAGACCUGAAGGGACACACCAACACACACACAAGAGCAGACAAUGGACGACAGCGGCAAGAGCGAUUGACAGAUCUCUCUGCGCAUGCUUUGCGCCGCUCUGCGGGCGACGGCUGGCGGCCGUCUUACCACUGCAGAAACGCAGGGCCGCUGAGAAGACGAGGACAAGGGCGAGGGUUCUGGCCAUCAU